GGCAUUUCCUGGUCCUGCUUCCGUCAACGUAGCUAACGCAAACAGGUAAAUUGUGCAUUUUUUUAUAAUAGUUUUUGAUAUUGCUGUCGAAUUUCGGUGUUUAGUUCAUCAAUACACCCAAUAAUAUUGCUGUAUGGUCUUUAAUAAGAUCGAUCUGGACUGUACGUAAUCGUGUAUAAAUGGCAGCAAAGGACCCAUUUCAGUUCCAAGAAUUUGAGGAGAGCAGUCUGCUAGCAGCUGACAAAGAUUCCACCUCCAUCAGCAUUGAGGACGAUUUCAUCAACUCUGACACGUCGAGGAAGACCCCCGGUCUCGCUCCUGAUGACGACCCGCUUGCAAGUGACGACAAAUCGGAGCUUCUCUCCGGGCAGAAGAAAAGUGUCCCUUUCUGGACGUUUGAUUACUACCAAAUGUUUUUCAACGUGGACACGCGUCAUGUCAAGGAGAGAAUAAUUGGUUCCAUUCUGCCAUGGCCCGGAAAGAACUUCAUUCAAGUCUACCUUCGCCGAAACCCCGAUCUCUAUGGGCCAUUCUGGAUCUGCACGACUCUUGUAUUUGCCAUCGCCAUCAGUGGAAACAUAUCCACCUUCCUGGUUAACUUGGGCAAACCAGAAUACAAGUACAGCCCAGAGUUUGGAAAAGUGACCAUAGCUGCCACGGCCAUCUUCAGCUACGCUUGGCUGGUGCCGCUCGCUGUUUGGGGUUUCCUGCUUUGGAGAAGCAACAAGAUUAUGAACUUGGUGUCAUAUUCCUUUAUGGAGAUUGUCUGUGUGUACGGAUACUCCCUGUCCAUCUACAUUCCUGCAGUGGUUCUGUGGAUAUUCCCCUUCGAGUGGCUGAGGUGGCUCUCCAUCCUGGUGGCCCUCUUCCUGUCCGGUUCUGUCCUGGUCAUCACCUUCUGGCCCGCCGUGCGCGACGACCAGCCCAAGAUCAUCGCGGCGGUCAUGUCGGCCAUCGUGGUGCUCAACGCCCUGCUCGCCGUCGGAUGCAAGGCCUAUUUUUUCAGCAAAGCAGCGCCGGUGAUGAUACCCGAUAAGUUGGUACCGACAGCAGGGGUCCAUGCACAUGCCACAACAUGAGAAGCUGCCAUUGUUUAAAGGUUCUCCUGUUGCCUCACUACUGAGAAUCGGGUUGCUGUGGUGAUGAAGUCACAGGCUGUCUGGAUUUCACCUGCACUCGCACCUACUAACUAGACCAAGACCUGAAAGCCUGGCUUCCAUGCCUGGUUACAUGGCUGACAAUGAACACUGGUACCAAGUAUGUUGUUUCUACUGGGGGGGCUUCUGACCUUAAUCAGCCAAAAUAACUCAUCUUUUGGAGGCAUCUAUUUAUUUAAUGUGUAUGGUUUUGGGAUACCACAUAAUCUUCUGUGCUGAUGAAUGUAUUCAAAUUUAUUUAAUAUGAUUAUUAACACUGUCAACAAACACUAUAAGUAGAGAGGAGUAUCAGGGCCACACUUAUAAAAGCAAUAUUCAUUUAAUAAAGAAAAAGUUGUGAUUUAAGAGCAAGGCAUAAUGUUAUUCCUCCAAAACCUCAACAAUUUACAAAUACAACUAAUAAGUAUACAACAAUCCCUCCCAAACCUCAACAUUUUACAAAUAAAAUGACUAAUUAUACAACAAUAACACUGUACAAUUAUUAAAUUCUACAAGCAUGAUCUAAUGAGUUGUAUAAAUUAGAAUCCAUGCUUUUUUUGCCAGAAUAUUACUUCAUUCUUGCAGCUGAGAUAGGCUCCAGCACCCCCCUGCAACACCAAAAGGGACAAGCGGUAGAAAAUGGAUGGAUGGAUAGAUACUAUAAUUAUUAACACUAUCAACAAAUACCAUAAGUACAAAAGAGUAUCAGGGCCACACUUUUAAGAGCAAUAUUCAUUUAAUUAGGAAAAAGUUGUGAUUUAAGAGCAAAGCAUAAUGUUAUUCCUCUAAAACUUCAACAUUUUACAAAUAAAAUAAAAAAAUAUACAACAAUCUCUCCAAAUCCUCAACAUUUUACAAAUAAAAUGAAUAAUUAUAUAACAAUAAAUCUGUAAAAUUGUUCAAUUCUACAAGCAUGAUCUAAAAUCCAUGCCUUAUUUGCCAGAAUAUUACUUUACUCUUGCAGCUGAGAUAAGCUCCAGAAUCUCUCCCCCCCCCGCAACCCUAAAAGGGACAAGCGGUAGAAAAUGGAUGGAUGGAUGGAUGGAUAAUAUGAUUAUUAACACUGUCAACAAAUACCAUAAGUACAAAAGAGUAUCAUGGCCACACUUAUAAAAGCAAUAUUCAUUUAAUUAGGAAAAAGUUGUGAUUUAAGAGCAAGGCAUAAUGUUAUCCCUCCAAAACCUCAACAUUUUACAAAUAAAAUUGAUAAUUAUAUAACAAUAAAUCUGUACAAUUGUUCAAUUCUACAAGCAUGAUCUAAUGAGUUGUAUAAAUUAGAAUCCAUGCCUUAUUUGCCAGAAUAUUACUUCAUUCUUGCAGCUGAGAUAGGCUCCAGCACCCCCGCGCGAACUCAAAAGGGACAAGCGGUAGAAAAUGGAUGGAUGGAUGGAUAGAUAUUAUCAUUAUUAACACUGUCAACAAAUACCAUAAGUACAAAAGAGUAUCAGGGCCACACUUAUAAAAGCAAUAUUCAUUUAAUUAGGAAAAAGUUGUGAUUUAAGAGCAAGGCUUAAUGUUAUCUCUCCAAAUCCUCAACAUUUUACAAAUAAAAUUACUAAUUAUACAACAAUAAAUCUGUACAAUUGUUCAAUUCUACAAGCAUGAUCUAAUGAGUUAUAUAAAUUAGAAUCCAUGCCUUAUUUGCCAGAAUAUUACUUCAUUCUUGCAGCUGAGAUAGGCUCCAGCACCCACCCGCAACCCCAAAAGGGACAAGCGGUAGAAAAUGGAUGGAUGGAUAAUAUGAUUAUUAACACUGUCAACAAAUACCAUAAGUACAAAGGAGUAUCAGGGCCACACUUAUCAAAGCAAUAUUCAUUUAAUUAGGAAAAAGUUGUGAUUUAAGAGCAAGGCAUAAUGUUAUCCCUCCAAAACCUCAACAAUUUACAAAUAAGAUAAAUAAUUAUACAACAAUCCCUCCAAAUCCUCAACAUUUUACAAAUAAAAUGAAUAAUUAUAUAACAAGAAAUCUGUAAAAUUGUUCAAUUCUACAAGCAUGAUAUAGAUAGAAUCCCUGCCUUAUUUGCCAGAAUAUUACUUUACUCUUGCAGCUGAGAUAGGCUCCAGCACCCUCCCGCAACCCCAUAAGAGACAAGCGGUAGAAAAUGGAUGGAUGGAUUGAUAAUAUGAUUAUUAACACUGUCAACAAAUACCAUAAGUACAAAGGAGUAUCAGGGCCACACUUGUAAGAGCAAUAUUCAUUUAAUUAGGAAAAAGUUGUGAUUUAAGAGCAAGACAUAAUGUUAUCCCUCCAAAACCUCAACAUUUAAAAAUAAAAUAAAUAAUUAUACAACGAUCCGUCCAAAUCCUCAACAUUUGAAAAAAUAAAAUGACUAAUUACACAACAAUAAAGCUGUACAAUUGUUCAAUUCUACAAGCAUGAUCUAAUGAGUUAUAUAAAUUUGAAUCCAUGCCUUAUUUGCCAGAAUAUUACUUUACUCUUGCAGCUGAGAUAGGCUCCAGCACCCUCGCGUGACCUCAAAAGGAACAAGCGGUAGAAAAUGGAUGGCUGGAUAGAUAUUAUAAUUAUUAACACUGUCAACAAAUACCAUAAGUACAAAAGAGUAUCAGGGCCACACGUAUAAAAGCAAUAUUCAUUUAAUUAGGAAAAAGUUGUGAUUUAAGAGCAAGGCAUAAUGUUAUCCCUCCAAAUAAAAUGAAUAAUUAUAUAACAAUAAAUCUGUAAAAUUGUUCAAUUCUUCAAGCAUGAUCUAGAAUCCAUGCCUUAUUUGCCAAAAUAUUACUUAAUUCUUGCAGCUGAGAUAGGCUCCAGCACCCCCCUGCAACCCAAAAAGGGACAAGCGGUAGAAAAUGGAUGGAUAAUAUGAUUAUUAAAACUGUCAACAAAUACCAUAAGUACAAAGGAGUAUCAGGGCCACACUUAUCAAAGCAAUAUUCAUUUAAUUAGGAAAAAGUUGUGAUUUAAGAGCAAAGCAUAAUGUUAUUCCUCCAAAUCCUCAACAUUUUACAAAUAAAAUGAAUAAUUAUAUAACAAUAAAUCUGUAAAAUUGUUCAAUUCUACAAGCAUGAUCUAAAAUCCAUGCUUUAUUUGCCAGAAUAUUACUUUACUCUUGCAGCUGAGAUAAGCUCCAGAAUCCCCCCCCCCCCCCCCCCCCUCGCAACCCUAAAAGGGACAAGCGGUAGAAAAUGGAUGGAUGGAUGGAUAAUAUGAUUAUUAACACUGUCAACAAAUACCAUAAGUACAAAGGAGUAUCAGGGCCACACUUUUAAGAGCAAUAUUCAUUUAAUUAGGAAAAAGUUGUGAUUUAAGAGCAAGGCUUAAUGUUAUUCCUCCAAAACCUCAACAAUUUACAAAUACAAUUAAUAAGUAUACAACAAUCCCUCCCAAACCUCAACAUUUUACAAAUAAAAUGACUAAUUAUACAACAAUAACACUGUACAAUUGUUCAAUUCUACAAGCAUGAUCUAAUGAGUUGUAUAAAUUAGAAUCCAUGCCUUAUUUGCCAGAAUAUUACUUCAUUAUUGCAGCUGAGAUAGGCUCCAGCACCCCCCUGUAACCCCAAAAGGGACAAGCGGUAGGAAAUGGAUGGACAGAUGCAAUAUUAUGCCUUUUUUCAAGUAAGAAAAAAUAUUUACCGAAUGCUGCCGAGAUAGCACCCAGCCCCCCCACAAUCCCGAAAGGGACAAGCGGUAGAAAAAUGGAUGGAUAUACGGGACAGUAGUACCUUAACAUACCCUUAAUUGGUUCUGUGACUGAGCUCUUAACUCCAAAAACUCGUAUCUCAAACUAAUGUUGCUGCUUCUCAGGACUAUCUUUCACACUCACUUUCUCCCUUCCAUUAGUUGGAAGGCAAAGUUAUGUCGAUUUCUUGCAAUACGCUAUUGCUCGUGAGUAAAACCGGAUGUUUGCUUGCUACUUAAAAUACAACAAGAGACAGCUCUUAUCUCCAAACAGCAGGUGACGCUGUAUGUGUGAUUUUUUUUCAUGUAAACAUUACAGCAUUAGUCUUCCAUUCACUUAAUUUAUUGUCAUGCAAUAAAUAUUUCCUUUUUCUCCCAGUGUGGCUCUUGUGCUCCUCUGCGCAUGUUUUGUUUGAUUAUUUUGUGUUGAUUAAAAACAAAACAAUAAAUCGGUGAUAUUCAGGGAACUAAUUAAUGGACAUUUAAAGUCUUGCAACAAAAGAAUGUGGAUUCCUUGCUUUUAAUCAUUGAUUAUUAAGCAAACUGAAUGCAACCUUUUUUAAGCCAAAACACAUUUUUUUUUCAUUGACAAAAUCCUGAGGGACACCACCAGCAGAAAUCACUAAAAAAAACGAAACUCAGUUGACAAUAAAAAAAAAAGUUGUUCUUGCAAUUGUUGGAUUUGACUUUAAAGAAUAAAAGACCAUGCAUCAAUAUA